CACCAUAUAUGUAUCAAACAAUUAUUUAUGAUUUAGUUAGACAUUUGCUUUUGAAUUGUGUUCUUCGUCAAGACCGUUUAGUAUCAUUAGCUUGAGUUGUUAGGAAAGAUUUAAUAAUGAAUCUUAUACUAUUAGUAUUUACUAACACUUUCAUGUUUACUACAACCAACUUAUGCGUGCUUAAAGUUUACGUAAAUUCGAAUAUCAUGUGUUUAACAAAUGGGGUUCCAAAUAUUCGUACAAAUGAUAUCUCGGUCAACCAUUCUCAAUUAGAAGUGCCCUAAAUUUCAUUCUCAAUUAACUAUUAUACUAAUUUACUCAUUCUCGUCCUUAGAAAAUAACUGUUACAAUCUCCCUACCCCUUAUUGAAAUAAAAUUAUUUUUACAAAUGAGUUAUGAUUUGGUGGAAUUUUGUUGUAGAUAUUGAAUACAUACAUCUUCAAUUUUGGGCGAAUCAUAUACAUCAUUAUCAUUUGUACAUAGCUCGUUAUAAAUACAUUGAAUAUGUCAAUGCUAAUUAUAAAUCAUACAUCAAAUAUUUCAAAGGUCAACCAAUUUCAUUUAAAUACGUAUUAUUUUUCAUAUCCGAUUAACUAUUGUACCUAAUUGGUCAUAUUCUAACCCGAGCCAGGGACCCACCCUCUAACUCUCUCCCUCCGCCCCAGACCUGAUAUUUAGAAAAAACAAUAAUUUGUAGUGCUACCACUGUGAAACAAAACUCGUCAAUUUUCACUUUAGACCAGCAACAUGCACCCUAGGAUAGAAGCAAUUGCGUUAUAUAAUAAUAAUGUACACUUUCUUACUUUAAAUAGUAAUUAGUUAAUACCUAAUUCCAAAAUUCACAAUACAUUUACAUGUUGUAUUCAAAAUCCUUGAGAAUUUGUGUAGCUCCGCCCCUCAUUAUUGAGCUAAGGUAAUAAUUUUGAUUAAGAAUACUAAGAUAAAUAUUAUCAAUCGGGACAUUGAUGUGAUGCUAAUCUAAUCUUAGCCGAACAGCAUAUCAUGAGUAGCUAGGUUGAGGUUGACGAUAUUUCACCGAUCAAUACAGACUUUUCUUACGUAUGAUUGAUUGAGGAUACUGUUGUUAAUUAGACUUUUUACUUUUUUAGACAAUUUUUAAAAUCUUUUGGUCCAGCCCCCAAUGUGACAAAGGUAGAAACGCCAAGGAAUGAACUUUGUCGUAUUAAUUCAAAACGACAAAGACAUCCUUAUAAUUAGUCGGGGGUGGGGUGGGGGGCGGGCUGUGGAUCGACGGGAGAAAGCAAAACGACACAUGGACCCGGCUGUUGGAUGGUGCACGCGUGGGCCCAUUCUCAUCGGGCCGGGCCGGCUUUGUUGAUCCGCGGCUACGUGCCUCCAAUAGUCGUAACUUUCACAAAGUAACAGCUUUUGUUUUCUUGUGCUUGAGAGUAAAACGGCAGCCUGCUGGAAUCAAAUCUACGCACGUUCCCCCACAUGCACUUCCAAACCUCGUCUUCCGUCUGCAAAUUUGCUUGCUGAUUUGAUAAUAAGUUACUAAUAAGAUUAAUUAAUAUACUUAAAGAUAGCAUAAACUUAGGAUCAUUGACCAUGCUAUCGCCAAACUUAGGAUCAUUGAAAAAUUAAAAUUAAAAUGAAGUUAGAGAAAUCCACCCAAAUUCUCCUUCCAUCACCCAUCGAUGGUUAUGGCUGUUGUUGCCAUUCUUUGGAGGAUCUGGAGAUCUCGGAAUUGGGUGGUCUUUGAAGGCAAGCAAUUUGAGAUCCCGACACUCAUGCGGCAGUUUUACCAGCAGUAUGAGGAAUGGAUGGGUCUUCCGGCGGAUCAGGCGCCUAGGGUUCUUAUCCCAAUAAUGCCCUCAACAGCGCAUUUGGAUGAUUCCCAGUGGGUUUGCAUGUGGGACGGGGCUACUAAGGGUGGGUCUCAUUCGGCGGGUGGGAUGGUUCUUUUUGACCCAGCUCGGACACUCUUUCUGGCUAGAGGGGUCCAGUUUGCUCAAAUUGAUGAUCCCGCUGUGGUGGAAUUGCUGGUGCUUAGGGAAGCUAUUAUUUGGUGUAUGGAGCAAGUAUUGUCGGAGGUCCGAUUUGAGGGCGAUGCGAAGGUGAUUAUCGACAAAAUUAAUCAGGCCAACACAAAUGAUAGCUGGUUGAGUGCUGUUCUUGAAGAGAUUGUUCAAUAUUUCCGUGCUCAGCCUGGCUUUAGAGUGCGUUUUGUACAUCGGGAGAACAAUAGGGUAGCUAAUUUGGUAGCUAGGAAAGCCCUCUCUUUGUACCCGACUAUGAGUCGCUUUUUUGAUUUCCAGACCUGGCUGGCUUCCAGGGUGUAACUACCUUCUGAUUUGAUCAAUAUAUGAUAUCUUUUGACAAAAAAAAAACACUGAAUCGUCCUAGCACUGUCCAGAUCUCUAGUGUCAUUGGUUUGGUUUCAUAAAUUUUAUAAUUAUUUAAAAAAUAAUAAUUUGAAGCGAGAUUUGGACCAAGUGCAAUGUUGGGGGAUUUUUCCAGAAAUAGCACUGUUUAAAAAAAAUCCAAAAAUAGCACCCAACUCCGAAAAAUUCCAAAAAUAGCACCCUUUCUGAAAAACCGCUCCCUACCAGUGUGGUUUAAGCAAAAACCCCCACCCAGGGGCGCGUUUUUCGAUGAAAACCGCACCCCCAGGGGGCGGUUUUGCAGACCGCACCCCCACCAUGCGAUUUGGUUGCAGAUCGCACCCCCAGGGAGCGAUCUGUUUUUUUUUUUUUUUUUUUGAAAAAUCCUAACCUAGUUGGAAACUUCAAACGAACGUAUCUUUGUGUUCGGGUAUCCGAUCGUCGCGAAUUUUUUUUUGAUUCCGCAUAACUUUUUGAGAUCUUGCAAGACGAAGGUGGUUUGAUCCUGCCUUCGUCCUAAAAAAUGUCGUUUGCUACCCCGAACGAGCUUUUUUCCGAUUUCGUCAAACUUUGGACAACCAUAACUUUGUGCUCCAAAAUCCAAACAACAUGAAUUUUUUUUUAUUUCGCAUAACUUUUUAAGGACUACAAUUAAUACUAGAAUGAAUUUUCAAAACAGGA